CACGAUAGUGUAUUAAAAAACUAAGGGGAAAAAAAUAUGGACCCAGUGUAGGCUAGUACAUAUAAGGCAUCAACUCGAACCUCAUACAUCUGCCACUUCUGAGCUGCAACCUCUCCCACUGCUUGCACGUCCACCUACCAGACGACAUGACCGUCACAACAUUCUGUGUGACUCUCUUGACAUUUAUGACACUCCAGUGUCAUGCCUGGAUGACAGAAUUUGACCAGCACUUCAAGAUCGAGUGUCCGGCCCAACAGUUUGUCAAAACUCUAGAAAGUAUCCAUGACAACGGCAAAGAGGACCGAGUCUGGAACUUUGGGUGCCACAUCCUACCUCACUCUGCUCAUGUCAGCGGUUGUGAAUGGAGCGGCUACAAGAACAACUACGACGAACUGCUGGAGUUCCAAUGCCCGAAUGAUGGCGUCAUCACUGGAGUAGAGAGUAUCCACGACAACCACUUCGAAGACCGGAAGUGGUCGUUUAAAUGUUGUAACCCAAUUGGCUACGUUACUCACGCCUGUGAGUUUACUCCUUACGUCAACCAAUACGACCAGAUGUUGACCUACAGGGUGCCGGACGGCAUGGUCCUCAGGGGCGUCAACAGUGUGCACAGCAACCAUAACGAAGAUCGUAUCUUCAAAUUUGACAUCUGCAAGCUCGAUCAUCUGACUGCGCCUGUUGGCUAGACCACACAGAGUUAUGGAAUUUAGUUUCCAUCUAAACGAAACAGGCAAUAUGCAAAACAUCGUGGACGAGAAAAUAUCAUCUCAUAUUGUAAAGCAUGUCUACAAUCAAAGCGUGUACUCAUUUAAUAAACAGAUAACGAUUUC